UUCCCUCCCAGGCUCACCCCGCCGCCUCUCCUAGACAAGGGCCGGAGGGAGAGCAGAGUACCCCGCAGCAGGAGCCUCCCUUCUGGGAUCCCCUCUUCCUCAUGAAGCGACAGAAGGAAGAUGGUCCGUCGCGAUUUUCCUGCGGGAGACCGUAGCUGGCCCGCGCGAGUGGGCGUGGGGGACCGAGGUGGAGCUGGGUGAAGGUCCAAGGAACCCCUGACCUGGUGGGCGUGACCUCAGCUCUGCAGACCGUGCGGCGCUAGGCGGGGAACCGGGAUGGAGAGUAGGUGCUACGGCUGCGCUGUCAAGUUCACCCUCUUCAAGAAGGAGAAUGGCUGUAAGAAUUGUGGCCGGGCCUUCUGUUCCAGCUGCCUUAACUUCAGUGCAGCAGUGCCUCGGGCUGGGAACACCCAACAGAAAGUCUGCAAGCAGUGCCACGAGGUCCUGACCAGAGGGCCUGCUCCUGCCAACGCCUCCAAGUGGUCACCACCUCAGAACUAUAAAAAGCGUGUGGCAGCCUUGGAAGCCAAGAAGAAGCCCAGUGCCCCCCAGAACCAGGGACUGACCCAACAAGACCAAGUCAUCGCUGAGCGCCUAGCACGGCUCCGCCAGGAGAACAAGCCCAAGGCAGUGCCCUCACAGGCAGAGAUAGAAGCCAGGCUAGCCGCACUGAGGGCUGAACCCCAGGGUUCCAUCCCUUCCACCCAGGAGAUAGAGGCACGGCUUGCUGCACUGCAGGGCAGAGUUCUGCCUUCUCAGACCCCCCAGCUGGUGCAUCAGCCAUCAGGUACCAAGACCCAGACCCAGCAGGUACAGGAUCUGCUGGCACAGCUCACAGCGGAAGCAGCUAUAGAUGAGAACCUGGAACAAGGAAGCCCAGCUGCCUCUAUCCAGAAUGACCUGAACCAGGGUGGACCAGGGGGCCAGAGUGCUAAUUCCAAGGGGCGGACCACCUGGUCCCUGGAUGGAGAGAAGAGCAGGCUGCUGGCUGAAGCAGCAGUCGAGCUGCGGGAGGAGAACACAAGGCAGGAGCGGAUCCUGGCCCUUGCCAAGCGCCUGGCCGUGCUUCGGGGACAGGACCCUGACAGAGUGACCCUUCAGGACUAUCACCUUCCAAACAGUGAUGAUGAGGAGGAUGAGGAGACAGCCAUCCAGAGAGUCCUGCAACAGCUCACUGAAGAAGCUGCCCUGGAUGAGGCAAGUGGCUUUAACAUCCCUGCAGAGCCAAUGCUCCAGCCCCGGGCCAAAUCCUGCAGGGCAGAGCCUAAGGCCCAGGCUAUGGCCCCCAGGCCAGAAGCUGAAGAAAAGGAGCUCCCCUGGUGCUGCAUCUGCAAUGAGGAUGCCGCCCUGCGCUGCGCUGGCUGUGAUGGAGACCUCUACUGUGUCCGCUGCUUCCGGGAAGGCCAUGAUGCCUUUGAACUUAAAGAGCAUCAGACAUCUGCUUACUGCCCCCCACAUGCAGACCAAGAGCACUGAGGAAAACCUGGUCCUCCCGGGAAUGCAGCCCUACAGGCAGUCACAUAGGCUGGGGCACCUACCUCUGGGCCCAGCCUCCAGGCAUCUGAUGGGCGAGCAUGUCAAGCUAGACUGCUCGUGGGUGUACCCUUUCCUAAGCCUCGGUGUCCCUGGAAGAAGGAAAGAUUCUCUUUUGAAGAUGAUGAAUGGAAGAGCCAGAAGGAAGACAGAAGUUGGGAGCCCUCCGUCAGCACAGCCUGGACUGGCAAGACCAAGAUUGAAUCUAAGGAUGAGCCUUGAAACCUGCUCAAGGGCCCUAGCACUUAGUGUAUCAAAUAAAGUAUGUUGAUUCCUUGGGCCCAGCAUCUUUUACCUCUAGAACACUGUGGGUACUGAGCCUGGGCCCUUGGAGAGGUAGCAAAGGCAGAGUAGGAGUCCAGUCCAAUGGAGUGAGGGAAAGGAUCGAGCCCUCAUGUAAGAUUCUUCAGUCAGGAACAGUACCACUCAUCUUGGAGGCCUCAAAGGCAGUAGGCAUGAAUAUUUGUUCAACGGAACUGAACUAUGUGUCCUGCUCUGGGCAGCCCAACUUAGCCCCAGGCCCCGCCAUCAUGGGUUCUGUCUCUCUAGUACUCAGACACUGCGCAUAAACUGGGUGUAUGCCCUGCUUCCUACCUUACUCCCAAAGGACACCACCUUCCAGGGCUCCUGUCCCAACCUGCCUGCCUUUCUGACUCAGUGUCUGUUUCUGGCAACUCCCUCCUGACCUGACCCCUGGCCUCGUACCCUGUACCCUUUGCACCUCUCUGCUUAGCCCUUGCUUUUUCUCUUCCUCUGGCUGGAACCAGCUCAAGAAAGAAUCCUCAGCCUGAGGCCUCCUGCACCAUUUAGCGGGGAGCAGGGUUUAGCCUUCCCUCAUGCCCCUGACCCAGCUAGCUUUUUCCUGUUCCCU